AUGAUCAAUCAUGCUCUCGAUUUACCUUUGGGAAAAGACCUAAUCAUAAAGCAAUAUUAAUAGAUAUCAUAAAUUUAGUAACUUAGAUCUUUGAUUAUUGAAAACAAAAAUAAUAAACUUGACUCUUCAGUAGAAUAAAAAUUUAAAAACUUCAUUUCAGAAUUAGAACUAAAAAAAGAUUAAAAUACAGAAUAACUUCAAAAAUUACUAGAGAAAAGUACUUAAUAGUAAUAAUUAGUUAAUUACGAAUAUCCUAAUAUGAUCAAAUAAUAAAUCUUUUCUUUUAUUGAUAAAAUCAACUUCUUUGAUAGUGAUUUAAUUAAUAACACAAAUAGCAAUAGCAGGGAUUAACCUUAAAAACUUUAUAACAUUUGUGAUAAAUUAUUGCCCUUAAUUUCUAAUAAAUCUAAUUAUUGCUCUGAUGAUUUUUUAAAUUUUGUUAGAAGCUAGCUGGAAAAAUUGGAUUGCUUGUUUGAAAAAUUCUGUAAUGAAAAUAUGUUUUAAUAAGGGAAAGAGCCAAUAAAAUUUGAUUAGAUAAAUGAGUAAAAAAUGAAUGAUAUUAAUGAAUAUGUUAAUCAUUAAAUUUAAUUACAAAAUGAUUAGAAUUAUUUGUUUUAGAUAUAGUAAUCUCCAUUCAUUUAAGACAUAGAAAAAAUUGUAAAAAGCAAGAUUAAUUUUCUUAAUUUAGAUUCUUAAUAAAUAUUAAGUGAAUACUUUAAAGAAACUUAUCCAUUUGUGAAAAAUAAUUUAAAUAUUUAACAAUUUUACUAAAAAGAAAACUUUUAAUUGCUAAAUUCAAUCAACGAAGAAACAAUAAACGAUCUUCUUUUGUUAUUGAAAGAAAAAUAACUAAUUGCAAAUAAUGAAAAAUAAAGCUAAACUUUUAAAAUUAAAGAUAAUCCAUUAUUUAGAACUUAUAAAAGUUAUGAACUUGAAAGAAUUCUAAAAGAAUUUCCUAUUUUUGAUAUAAUUCAAAAAAAAAAAGACUAAAUAGACAUUUUAAAAGACUUAUAGUUAAUAAAAAGUUAAUUAAAUGAUGGAGAUAAGAGAAUUUUUAUUUAACAAAUAAUUGAUUAAAAUUCAAUCGAAAUUAAUUUAAAUGAAGAAAAUUACUAAGGAUAAAAUAUGGUAUUAGAAUAAGGAAGCAUAGUUGAAUGUAGAAUAUGGUUAGGCGGAUAAAUAUUUUAAAUUCUUGAUUAUCCAAAAUAUGACUGUCAAGUAACUCUUGAAAAUGAAAGAUUAGCAUAGCUUUCAAUAAUUGAUGAUUUCAAAUUUUUUUUAUUAGUUAACUCUAAUAUUUAAUAUGCAAUAACUGAUGCUUUUAUAGUAGAAGAUUUCAAUAGUUGA